CCCAUUGCACGGCCUCAUCAAAGUUCAGAACCCUAACUCUGCAUUCAGCCGCGGUUUUCUCUGUUCCGCCAUUGCUGUUCCUCUGUCGUCAAUACUCGCGGGCGCUGCUGCCCACCAUUCAUUUACAUUUUUCAGGGCGUUUCGUUGGUUGAUCAACCAUGGACAAGAGCAUGUUAGGAGACCUGGACAACCUUCCAGAGGAAGAUAAGCUCAAAAUGGCUGCCAUGAUCGAUCAGCUCCAAAUCCGAGACAGUCUAAGAAUGUACAAUUCACUGGUGGAGAGAUGCUUUAAUGAUUGUGUCGACACCUUCAAGCAUAAAUCCCUGCAGAAGCAAGAGGAAAGCUGUGUUCGAAGAUGUGCUGAGAAGUUUCUGAAGCACUCCAUGCGUGUUGGCAUGAGGUUUGCAGAGCUCAAUCAAGGAGCAGCUACACAAGAUUGAGAACUGUAAUUAAGCUACGAUCUUAUCAGACAUGGAUCACAGGCCCCUUUGAAUUUACAAAAGUUAGAAACUCGGCCUUGCCUGUGAUUUGCUCUUUUAUAAACCGUCGUUUUUUCCCCGGGAGGUUGUUUAAUUUUCUGGUCAGUAAUUUUGCUUGUUCAAUUAUGCUUUUGCUCUUUAGAUAUGAGGAUACACUGUGGCUCUUUGAAUCUCAGGGUUGCAAUGUGCAAUGAAAAGAAAUUCGUAAUGAAUAAAUUUUGGUUUUAUGACCAUUGUGCCUCA